CUCAAAAAGUCAAACACCUCAGGAGCCCGCUCGUCGUGUCGUGUCUGUUUCACGGCAGAUGGCGCAGUGAACCGGCGGCUUCGUGUUACAGCGAGGCUGGAGAAUCCGCUAACUAGUUCCCCUUCAUUAGUAACGACCUAAAACAUUGCUUGGUUAUCGUGUCCUGAUGGGUGAGCUCCGUCCUGACUGACCCGUGGAGAUGGGAGUAGUAAAGAUAAGCGAGCAGUCACUCCUCGUCCAGGCGGUAUUUAGCCAGAAUGCUGAAAUGGUGGAAUUUUUGUUGGAGCAAAAUGAAGAAGUCGACGAACUGGACCACGAGCGCCGCACCGCAUUGCAUGCUGCGUCUCACGUAGGUGGUGUUUAUAUCAUGGACCUCCUCAUCAGUUCAGGUGCUGAUGUUAACGCUAAAGACCAGGAGUGGCUGACUCCUCUGCAUCGGGCAGCCGCCUCACAGAACGAAGGUUCUGUCGGGCUGCUGCUGGGAAAGGGAGCCGAGGUGAACGCGCAGGACAGGUUCUGUCAGACGCCGCUGCAUGUAGCUGCAGCCAACGGAGCCAGGAGCUGCGUGGAAAUGCUGAUCCCUUACUCGAGCGGCCUGGAUGCAGCGGACCGCUUCGGGAGAACCGCUUUGCAUCAUGCAGCCCACUGCGGACACGACGGAGUGAACCUGCUCCUAAAUAAAGGGGCCAACGUGACUUCCAGAGACAUAAAGGAGAGACAACCUAUCCAUUUGGCAGCUCAUCUAGGGCAUCUGGAGGUCGUCAAGCACUUAGUAGUGCGCAGUGCGGAUGUGUCCUGCAGAGACAAGCAGGGGUUCACUCCUCUACAUGCGGCGGCUCUCGGUGGACACACUGAAGUGGUCGGGUACCUGCUGAAACACGGAGCAGAGAUUGAUGAAGCAGACGGCUCCGGUAACAGCGCUCUGCACAUGGUGUGUCACGCCGGGCUCAGGGCGGUAGCUAGUGAGCUGGUUAACUGCGGCGCCGGUGUUAACGGGUUAAACGCGCAUGGCUGCACGCCGCUGCACCUGUCCGCUGCCUCCGCUGAUGGAGCCCUGUGUCUGGAGCUGCUGGUCAAUCACGGGGCAGAUGUUAACAUUCCGAAUAAGGCCGGGAAGAGUCCUUUGCACAUGGCUGCCAUGCACGGACACUUCACCCGAUCCCAGAUACUCAUUCAAAAUGGUGCAGAGGUGGAGUUUGUUGAUAAAUCUGGUAAUACUCCUCUUCACUCUGCUGCUAAACACGGUCACGAGUUACUCAUCACUAUACUCUUGAGUAACGGCGCGGAUGUGGCCAGGCGAGGCAUUGACGGCAUGACUUCGUUGCACCUGGCAGUGUUUUUUGGAUUUUCAGACUGUUGCCAGAAGUUACUCUCCUCAGGGUUUGAUAUAAACACAGUGGACCGUCUGGGAAGGACGUGCCUGCAUGUAGCUGCUUCAGGCGGGAAUGUUGACUGUCUUAAAUUGCUGUUAAACAGUGGUGCUGCUCUGAAUAAAAGGGACGAUUUUGGAAGGUCCCCUUUGCACUAUACAUCAGUGAACGGCUCAUAUCUGUGUACAGUGGCUCUGGUGAAAGCUGGAGCGGAUGUUAAUGAACAGGAUAUGAACGGAUGCGCUGCACUGCACUACGCAGCCGCGGCCCAAACCUCACACAGUAGAGUUGAGCAGAUCUGUCCCGACAGUGAGACUGAUGAAGAAGCUCAGUGGUGUUUGGAGUUUCUUUUGCAUAAUGGUGCUGAUCCAACACUGCGGGACAAUAAAGGCUUCAGUCCGGUCCACUACGCAGCUGCCUGUGGUGACAGACACAACCUAAAAUUGCUUAUAGAAAUGUCUUUCAAAUGUGUGGAAGAUGUGGAGAGUUGUGUUCCUGUGAGCCCUUUUCACUUAGCGGCGUAUAAUGGCCACAGUGAAGCUCUUCAAGUGCUGUCUGAAAUACUGGUCAAUGUAGACAUGCAGGAUCCCAGGGGUCAUACAGCUCUGUAUAUGGCUGCUCUGAAAGGUCAUGACCUUUGUGUGGAGCUUCUGCUGCUUCAAGGAGCCUCGUAUGCCAUCAGGGAGCACAUCCACAGGUGGACACCAUUGCAUGCUUCAGCUGCCAAUGGUCACACCGACUGCCUGCUUAUGAUGUUGAAAAGAGAGGAAAAAAAUGACAUAAUUGACCUCAUGGACAUACAUGGACAGACUCCGCUGAUGUUGGCUACACUGGGCAGUCACAUAGACUGUGUCCACAUGCUGCUUGAGAGAGGAAGUAAUCCAGACACUGGAGACAGAAGAAGCCACACAGCAUUGCAUCGCGCAGCAGUGGUUGGUAGCGAAGAGUGUGUCUCAGCUUUGCUGGUGCAUGGAGCCUUCGCUCUGUGCCGGGACGUUUAUGGCAGAAGCCCUUUGCACUUGGCUGCCUCUUGUGGUCACACAUGGCUGUUGCGUCCUUUGCUUGAUGCGGCGUCGCUGUCGGACCCCCUCGACUCUCUGCUAGACUACAGCGCCUACACACCUACUCACUGGGCUGCUUACCAUGGGCACAAUGACUGUCUAGAAGCUUUACUUGAGUACAGGCCAUCGAGCUUUCAGGAAGGGAACGCCUUCACACCGCUGCACUGUGCGCUAAUUGCUGGUCGUGAUGGUGCUGCUCGACUGCUUGCUGAAACUACGGGAACAAAAAUCAUGCACCUCACAGAUGGCAAAGGAAGGACUCCCUUACAUGCAUCUUCGUAUGCAGGAAACGUGGCAUCGCUGCAUUUGGCGUUGACCUGCGGCUCGGAUGUAAACUCAGUCGAUUAUGCAGGGCGCUCCGCAUUAAUGAUUGCUGCUGAGAAUGGCCAUACUUCUGCUGUGGAUAUCUUGCUUCAUCAGGCCGGGGCAGACCUCUCGCUGCUGGACAUCGACGGGAAUUCAGCGCUUCAUAUGGCCUGUAGAAGAAGUCAUGAAAUGUGUGCUCUUCUCAUUCUGGCGGAGAUCGACGACCCAGCUCUCAUCAACACCACAAACAGUGCCCUUCAAACACCUCUGCAUGUUGCAGCAAGAAAUGGCCUCGCCACUGUGGUUGAGGUUCUGCUUACUCGAGGCGCAACGGUUCUGGCCAUUGAUCAAGAUGGACAUAUUCCGGCUUUGGCAUGCGCACCAAACAAAGACGUGGCUGAUUGCUUGGCUCUUAUAAUUUCCACAAUGAUGCCUUUUUCUGCCGGCACCGGCUGCAGCAUCAGUCUGAUGAAUCACUGUGGCAUUGCUGCAUCCCAUCAGCCCUUGUCCAAAGCCGUGCCUAUACAACUGAUUACAGAGGAACCAUAGAGAUGAACGGACACCAAACAAUAUGCUGAACUCUUGCCACUCAUCUUUAUCGUACAAGACUAUAUACAAUGCUACUGCUUCAGCAUCAUGCUGUACAUACUGUGACAUAUUCAUUUCUAAUACAGUACACCAAUACAACUGCACCAUUCCAUUAUGUGCUGAAUUCCUCCUUUUUACGUAGCCUGUGUUUGUUGUAACACCAAGUUAGCACUGUGCUUUUAUUUCAAUCCUCGUUUCUUGUUAUGAACAGUUCUAGUAGACUUUAAUCAUCAUUUUGUACUGUAGAGUUGCACAAUAUGCACACAUAUCAGCAUAUCUCCAGGUUUACCGGAGGUUCGUUUGGGGAUUUCAUUUUAAUAGUUUAAUUAUGAAGUAACAUUGUUGUCAGAUGCCCAAGUAUACUACCAGAAGCUCAAAAUGAUGGCAUUUAGAAGAAAAUUUGGAAGUAGUGUAGCCUGGAGUGCAUAUAAAUAUAUCAUCACAAAAAAUAAAGAUCAAGAGCACAUAACAAGGUCUCUGCAUGUUAAUCUAAAUGGUUUAUUUUUCCCGGUUAUGACGUUAUUAAUGCCGACCAAGUCUGUUGCUCUCAGUGAGCACUUUAUUGGAAUACAAAUGAUACAGUUUGCAGGUCAAAGACACAUGAAAUCCCAUGUGCCUUAAAGAGCAGCCACACUUGCCUUUACAUUGAAAUAUUGGGUCAACUGACUUGAAGAGCACUUUACACGGCAUACAGUAGAUCAGAUGGCCUAAUCUUGUUUUUGCAAAGUUUAGUGAUUAAUUCCUGGUUCUGUUAAAUACGUAAUCGCUGAUGUUACAGUUGCUGAGUUGCAUUCAUUGGUUGGCUCCACAGUUAGCCCCUACAUUCAUCCACUUUGACCCCUUGUGGCCAGUUCCCUGACCUUUAAUAAAUAGGACAGAAGAGCAUUAUCACAGAUAAUCAGCCAGUCAUAGUGUAACAGAGGCACGGCCUUUCACAUUAUUUUCCAGUUUCGUCCUGUCACGCAAUGCAUAGGAAACUCAUAAAAUGGCCUCCCGACCUUUAUCUUGGUGUCACUGUUGGGACGGUUACUUUUGAACAAUCAGUACUUUGGACACUUUCAUCUCCUCUUUUGUAAUGUUUAUCAAUGUCUGAUCAGCAAAGCAUAAAAACAAGAGUCGAAGCAAACCUUAUUAUUAUUUUUUUCCAUUUCUUUUUAUUUAUAUCAGAAUUUUCUGGCAAAAUAUAGCUGAAAAUCUGCAAAUAAAAAAAUGGUUGCAUGAUUUCAGUGUUAUUAAAUGUUCUUACAGCUUCUUUUUAUUUGGCUUUUCUGUUUCAAAAACCCUCUGCGACAGACAACAUUUCAAUGUAAACCGUUUAUGAAAUUGGAGUGGGUCUACUUUGCAAUCGUUGAUCAUAUGGUCUGCAAUCUCUGAUUCUGAAAAUAUUCUCCGAAACUUUUCACAGGAUGCUUAUCUAAUUUUUCAGAAAAUCUAUCAGCCUGUGAUGAAAGACUAACUUAAAGCCAUGCAGUAUUCUGAGCUCAAAACCUAUGGGGAUCUUGGAGAAACGCACCAAAUGUGAUCAGAUUCUGGUCUUCUGGGGCACUAUAACUUACAAAACCUUAAUAUUUAAAACAGAUAAUCAAAAGUUGACUAACAAUCAGACGUUGGGCUAGAAACUAUAAUAGCUUGGUGUGUUCAUUCUGGAGAGCAUAAAACAAGAAAAACAGGACGCAAUACCUCAAAAGAAAUCUGACUUUACAAGACUGGAAAAUCCAUAAAGUUAAACAAAUAUACGUGUGUGUGUGUGUGUGUGUGUGUGAUCCUGGCCCACAAAAUCAGUCAUGGGUAUAUCUGUAGCAAUACGCAAUAAUUUGGUCAAAGGAAACAUUUAUGGUUAAAAAUGUAUUUUUUUAUGCCAAAAUUCAUUAGGACAUUAAGUAAAAGAAGAUAUUUUAUACAUUUCCUACCGUCAUUUAUAUCAAAAUUGAUUAUCAAUCAAGUUCUCAAUGUUUAUUUUCUUCACACCCUCAGAUCAAUUAGUUCAUAUCUCAGCCAAAUAUCAUCAUGACGACGUAUAAAUGUCAAUUUAAAAACUGAUUUUGUGGUCAUAUAUAUAUAUAUAUAUAUAUAUAUAUAUAUAUAUAUAUAUAUAUAUA